CGACGCGGCUGGCCCAUUCUCCACGCUGCACACCGCACCCAGCACAUCCGCCCGCUCUGUCUGUCUGAAUUCGCCUCUCCUGCUGACCUCUCUGCCGGUUCAGCCAGAGCAGAAGUAUCUUUGACCGACAAAGGCAUAUCCAACUCCCGGCCGUCCCUUGUUGCGGCGGCGCAAUCCCCGUUAUCCGAGCUUAGGCUUUCUCGGCGAUUAGUUUGCACAGUCGAGUCUCCCGAGACCCCGACCGAGUGUGCCCUAUCUGUCCUGCGCUCUCUUCGCCAUCAAUCGAUCUAGCUUGAUGCUGAGCCUUCUCCGGGUUCAGUAUUAGUUAAUUGACCCAUCAGUAAAGUCUCUAGUCAGAUACGAUACGAACCCGAUCACCGAACGCAGCUGCUCCCUAUCCUCUCUGGCUUUGCCAAUCAGAUCCAUAUGUCACGAAGCCUUUUGGAAGAUGUCAAGGCGAAGUUAGCGGAUAACGUGGAGGGAUAUUCUUCGGUCAACUUCAAAGAUGCGGGCAACAGGAGUCGGGAUCAUUACAAGUCCAGUAUGAGUCCCCGGCGGUUUAUGUUCCGUCAGACCCUGCUGCCUCUCGUUCGAUGGGAAACCGCCUAUCUUGCAAAGUUCCAGAAAGCAUGUAGAAGCAAGUUCUGGGACGAUUACUUUGCAUUCUCUGCUAAUCUUGGAGCGCACACUUUUUUUGUCAUCAUGCUGCCGACACCUUUCUGGUUCGGAUACGCUCAAUUGGCGCGAACACUGGUGUAUGUUCUUGCAGCGGGUGUUGUAUUUAGUGGAAUGCUAAAAGACUACUUCUGCCUUCCGCGACCUUUAUCGCCUCCCCUUCAUCGAAUUACCAUGUCCGGCUCCGCUGCUCUGGAAUAUGGAUGUCCUAGUACGCAUUCAGCAAAUGCAGUAGCGGCGGCGCUGGCAAUCAUGUACUAUGCCUAUGACAACCAAGACGGAGUCUCCACAUCUUCGCUCCUGAUUCUCCGGGUGCUAAUGUGGAUAUACAUUGUGAGCAUUCUUGUUGGCAGACUGUACUGCGGAAUGCAUGGGUUUUUGGACGUCAUCGUUGGUUCCCUCGUUGGAGUGGUCGUAUUUUGGGGUCGCUGGCUUCUCAAGGAGCGCAUUGACGAGUUCAUCAUCACCCCCGGUCCUUUGGUACCGCUUGUCAUCACUCCUAUAAUAUUGAUACUAAUCAGGGUUCAUCCCGAGCCAGUUGAUCCGUGUCCAUGCUUCGAGGACAGCGUCGCGUUUUCGGGCGUCGUCCUCGGCGUGGACUUGGCGCUCUGGCAUUCCUGGGAUAAACCAUGGAUGGGACAGGACCUGUAUCCCGGAUAUUUACCCUACAGCUACGCACACUGUGGGAUAAUAAAAUCGGUUCUACGCGUGGUCUUGGGAGUCACUUGCAUCUUCCUCUGGCGAGCGGUGAUGAAGAAGUCGCUCCACACAGUACUUCCCCCUCUUUUCCGCUUCAUCGAGCGGAUCGGUCUUUCGAUGCCACGUGUAUUCUUCCUGCGUGCAUCGGAGUACAACAAAGUCCCCGGCUCGAUCCCGGACACAACGCUCGUCAACGCGACCGAGAUUCCGUCGUUGAUCGGGAACAUCAAGCGCGGCCGCUCAGACUCGGUCGGCCCGCAAAGCCCGGCUGAUAUGUACGAAACCAUGGCGUACCGCGACGAGCGCCAACGCCGACGAUCGCUUGAAGGUGCAGGCAAAGACGCACCGCUCCCACCUUCGAAAGAAGAGCUCGAGGAGUUGGACGAGUACCAGCUCUUCCUACAGAUCCGGCCUCCCAGAGUACAGUACGAUGUUGAGGUCAUCACAAAGCUGGUUGUGUACUCUGGUAUCGGCUGGAUCGGAGUCGAGGGAUGCGCGAUCAUGUAUUAUUAUCUCAAUCUAUAAUGAACGAAAAGGGCUUCUGUCCGUCCUUUGUCUUUGAAGUGAGCGAAGAGGUCAAGCUAUAGAUACGGAAAGAAAAGAGAAAUUGAAAAUUCUUGUAGAUUUGGUUUUGUGCAUCGGCAUUCAUAUGAGCUAUUACUAUCUUUCCUUUCCUUUUUUUCUUCUUUUUUCACCUUUUAUCAAUCCACUUCUGCUUUUCCAAACUUGUCAUAUCUUUGUACCCUUUUGCAUCAGAGCGAGAAACAGAACGCACAUCCUCCAUCUUGUCUUUCUCAGUUUUUCAACACCUCUUCUUCACUUUUUCUUAUGCGCAACGAAACUGUAAAAUACUAUCCACUUUUCCUUCGUUCCCGGUUUAGCUGUUUUUUUUCUUCCAAUUUUCCACUUACUUUUGUCGGCCGGUCUUCGUAUU